AUGGCCUCCAUCUAUGAGGUCGGCGGGGCACCGUUCGGCUUCGUCGUGACAGUGAUUCGUGCCGGAUCGGUGCGUGUGGAGCCGGCAGCGGACUUGCUGGAAGAGUGCCAGAGCACAGGUUCAUCGCACUAUGGCGAUGGCUACCACCUCAACUCCCGGUCCCUCCCCAACCUGUACGCACAUCUGGAUGCCGCCGUCAUCACGUCCGAUUCGUGCCUCUGCUACUCGGAGAACGGCUGGAAGGACUAUCAGGGCAGCGUCGCGCGGGCGACGCUGGGUCCCGCCCACGUCGAGCCGUUCUGGGGCAAGGGGCUGAGGGGCAUGGCGGACGGCUUGGGGGCCGUCGCCCUCCGACCAGCCGCGGGGCGUGGUGCGUUAGUGGUCGUCUGCGCAGGCAACGACCUUUAUACGCGCCGCUGGCAGCGGUGGUGGCAGGUCAGGGACGCCAUGAACGACCUGGCCCAGGCGCCGACAUCUCUCGAGCUUGAUGCCACCAUGCUCGAUCGCCGAGACUGCGGCUUGGGUGCACCUGCUGAAGUCUCUUCAGAUUCGUGCGCCUGGAUUUUCACAGCAGUCUGUGAGUCUGUGCAUAUCGCCUUCAGCGCCGCCUUUGCUGCUGCAGGUUUUCGCUGCCUCAUGUUCCUCAGCACAGUGUGGUUUGAGCAUGCCCCGCUGCAGAUGCUGCGCAUGGCUCGGCACCUUGUCCAACGUGCCGAGACUCGGGAUCCACACUCUUGGUUUUACCGCUACACCUCAGCGGCUGCGAGGGUCUCCUUGAGGGAGCUCCUUUUGGACUCCCCUGGAUUCCAGACUUGGUUGACAGCGCAAGCGAUUGCUGAGGAUAGCAUCAGGGCAGCCAGCGAUGCGGAGACGCAAACGGCAUUGCGACGUGAGCUCGAAGGACAAGCCGGCUUGACAGUUCAAGAGGCCAAUAUUGGGGACACCCGUCUCGACACCAUGACAUCAAAUGGCCCUUCUGAGUUUCUAGACAGCGUGUCUUCUGAUGGAAGGACGCUGCAGCUAGACGAGGGCCUGCCAAAGGAUAUUUGCCAGAAGUACGUCGUUGCCAACGGCUUGCACGAUCUGGCAUUCGGCAUUCCAGAGUGGCGACAUUACAAGUCCGAGUGGCUGGCUGGCCGCCGCUCGCCGCCUCUCCAACACUUGCCUAGCCGGGACUACGCCGUGCUGCUGCAAGCCCGGAAGCAUUUCCUGAAGGCGCGCGAGCAGCUGCUGAUGAGUGGCUAUCGCCCCACAUCUGCUCGCGAGCGGCUGAAGCUGUCCAAGGAUGCCGCAAAGUUUCUGAGUACCGUCCCGACACCACCAGCCAAGGAGAUCGCCGCGGGCCUGCGCCUUGUAGACCGUGUGGUCGACCAGCAGAAGACUGCGGAAUUCGAAGACUGGGCCAAGAGCGUGGACUAUGCCAGUCGGCGGCGCCAGCUUCUCACACUGCAGGAGAUACAAAGCCUCGCCAAGAACUUGGCCGAGAUGGCCAGGUAUGGAGGUUUCUUUCAGGUUCUUCACCUUUGUUCCGCUCGUUUGGUUCGUGCUCGUGGGUCUGUCACGCCCUUCUUGACACGCUCCUGGAGCAGUGCAGUCCAGGAGCGUGUGCUGCCUGUGCUGCCCAUGCUCAUGGUUCGCUCCCCGCUGCCCUGCGUACGGUGCGAGCUGCAUACAGAGCGAAUGCUCAAGCAGGCUGCCGUGAAGUGGCGCGCGUACAUAUUCGGAGUCCUGUCGGACUUUGAGAGCCGGCUGCCUAACGCGGACUUCGUGGCAAUCGACACAGAGCUCACGGGCGUCGACCUCGAGGGGGAGAUCGAUUCCUUCGAUGACUCGGCGUUGUCUCGCCUUGACCGGCAUUGCCGGAUUGCCGAGCGGUACACGCUGAUCCAGCUGGGCUUGACGCUGGUCAGCCAGGAGCGGAGUGCUCGGGAGGACAUCCUCAACUUUGCAAGCUACAACCUCUUCGCAUUUCCUUAUGCUGGCAACGACCUAAUUGGACGUGACCAAGGCUUCUUCUGUCAGGCUUCUGCCCUGCAGUUUAACGCGCGGAACAACGUGGACUUCAACACGUGGAUUCGCGACGGAAUCCCCUACAUGAGCCGAGAGGACGAGCGGCGCUACAGGAAGUACUACGGAUCCCGUGGCAUGGUGGACGACAAGGUUGGCCUCCUGCGGCUGUGGAAAGCUCUCUGUGCUCGGCAGCUACCCUUCGUGGUGCACUGCCCACUGGACCUCUUCUUUCUGCUUGCGGCCUUCGAGCGUCGGCCGCUGCCGCGCAAUGAUCCACGAGCGAUGGCGCAGAUCAUCCGACACUGCACGCCCAAGGUGGUGGACACGGCUCACCUUCACGGUGCCCUCGGUGGCUUCAAACGUCUUGGCCUCACAAAGUUUGCAGAGGACGCCAAGGCGAGGCACCAAGAGUUGGCCGGCAACGGCAACGUGCCGCAUUUGAAGUUCCGCCUCGUGGGGGAGACCGCCAGCCGGUACGGGGCCCCCGCCGACCGGAACGAGCUGGCGCACGAGGCCGGCUUCGACUCCCUGGUCACCGCGCAGCUCUUCGCGUACCUCCGGGCGAUAUCGCCGACACAGGUCCGUGAGGGCGCGAACCGGCUCUUCCUCUACAAGAGCAUCGAGUACCUGGACCUGGACCGUGCUUUGGAAGGGGAGGUGGGCGUCUGCAUGUUCGACCUCAGCCGGGUUACCCUCUUGGUGGCUGCUUUGGACACGGUGGAUGGGAAUGACGCCCCCAGGCUGAUCACCAAUGCUGGAUACCUUUGCAAGUGGAUCGACGCGCAACACAUCCUGGUCGUCAUGAGGGCCUCCGGCGGCGCCGCUGUCCGCAAGGCCGCCGAGCUGGCGGGAAAGGUCCAUGGCGUGGUGUCUUGGAUGGGCUUCGACGAGUGGCGCGAGGGCGAGGCGGCCAAGGCUUCGAAAGGCCAGGAAGGUGCGGACAAAGCUCCCAGGGACCCUGAAGCCUUGGAUGGGCUGACACCGGUGCUGAAGGUGCCGGAGGCGCCGGAAGCUCCCAAGGCGCCGACAGAGCUACCGAGCGAGGCCCGUGAGGGCUUCCUCUGGCCGUGCUCCGUUGCCGCCCUUUGGAGGCAGAAGCCGAAGCUCCUGGCCGGGGCGGGAUUGCUGCUACUGCUGCUGGUGCUCGCCAGGGCCGAAGUCGAGUCGGCGCUCUCCAGGCUGCGGAGGCUGUGCCGACGUCCCUGGCUCUGGAGUGUCUGA